AUGCAGUUCACCAUCGCCACCAUCAUUGCCUUCGCCGCCGCCGCUCAGGCCGGUCCCCUCGCCAUCCGCGAUGUCUGCAACUCCGCCCCCUCCGGGCCUACUACCGCCAACGUCGGGCCCCGUUCUCAGCCCGCCGCCGCCACCGCGGACGCCUGCCAGAAGCUUUGCGAGGCUGACUCCGGCUGCCAGUCCUUCGUCUUCGGCCUUCCUCCCUCCGGCACCACCCCUCUCUGCUACCUCUACGCCGUCCCGGCCUCCCAGGUCCCCAAGCAGUCCAACACCAACCUGAUGGUCUUUGACAAGGCUUGCACCAGCGUCCCCACCGCCGUUCCCACCCAGUCCAACACCGGUGCCAACAACGGCAACACCGGCUCUAACACUGGUGCCAACACCGGCAAUGCCAAUACCCGCAGCAACAACAACGGCGAGCAGCCCAAGAAGCGUGCCAAUGUCUGCGGCGCUGCCCCCGCCGGCCCUGCGACCAGCAGCCCCACCCCUCUCCUGAGCCGCGAGGACAUCACCACCCAGGACGCCUGCUUGGCUCUCUGCAAGCAGACCACUGGAUGCCAGGCCAUCGAGUUCGGCAAGCCCUCUGCCAACGAGCCGGUCCAGUGCCGCCUCUUCAACGUCCCGGCUUCCAGCCUGCCCGCUCCCACCAACGGCCAGACCUUCGUCGCCUUCGACAUUGGCUGCUAA